AUGUUGCUCACAACUUCGAAAGAAAUCAUGGAGCAGCCCGAAUACCUCGCUGAGGUAACCGCCUGUUGGGGAGGGAAGAACAAAGAUCAUUUUCCGCUUCAAUCCCCAUGGGAACCGCCUCUGCAUUUUGUUCCACGGGAAAUGGGCUGCUGUGGCAUCCUGGACGAAAUAUGCCCAGCACUUCGAGCACACGACCACCCCUUAAUCCUGGUCGGAAAAGUCGCUCAUCGUUGGAUGGGAGCCCGAGGCUUCACCGGUAGAAACAUCAUCGACAUACUUCUUCGUAAUAGUCAACUACAUUCUGUCGCCUCUGAUAUAGUACGCACCGGCCACUGGAGACAUUUCAACACCGCUCAGGAACUACAAAGAUUUUCUGUGGAUCCUGAACUCGAGCAAUUCACUCCUAAAAAUCCCGAAGUCGAGCAAUUGCUCGAUGCUGACAUGGUUCUCGAGCGUACUCAUUGCGACGCGGAGCAGAUCUCUCAUAUACGGCUUUGGUCGGAGGAGUCUUAUCAGAUCAACAUAGACGGCUGCUCAUUAAUCGAAGUACCAGAUGUUAUACCUACUUUCCUCCAAGCAAUGUGGUCUCAUAAGGUCCAAUACGCCAAUUCGAAACCGGGACUGGCUUCUAAUGCGAAAUGGCUGAUUGAAAACCUGACCCGGUACUUGUACCUGGAAGUAUCUCCAAGAAGGCAUGCAAUUGUAUUUCAACUUGAUGAGCCAUAUGACGCAAUGAUGGAAGACUAUAUGUCUAAGUACAAGAGAAAGCCAAGCUAUGCUCUGACAUCUUCAAGGUUUGUCCGGGUGAAGCGGUGGGACCCAACGACAUUCCCGCCAGAUGCCCUUCAGGGAUGGUCUCCACGUAUUAUGCCAGCGGAACCCGGUAUCACGGAGAAUCAAGUCUAAGAACUAGACACUCAUGCUAUUUUCAAUGAGCUCACACUUUAACCUUGUGAGUUAGGCUAGUCGUUGAGCUAUCGAAAACGGUUGUGGAAAAGCAUACACAGAAGUGAAAGGGUGGAGGGGCCUAUACUUUUGCAACAAAGUAACCAAUUCGGACGACAGUGGCAACAUACAGAGCGGAGGUCGACAGGCCGAAGACAAUAUUAUGAAUGCAUUCAGUAGAAGAAAGCCUGCGACACAAGUGAUUUAAUAUGCAACAUGUUG